GAGCGCGCGAGGGGAGGGCCCGCCCGGAGGGGGUGGUGAAUGCACCGCCUCAGUCCCCAUAGCCCCACCCCGUCAGUGCCACUAAAUACGUCCUUCCGCUUCCUUCUCUCUCUUUCUCCGCCAUCGAGGUGCGCGCGUUCGCCUCUGCCUCACCAUGUCUUCCCACAAGACUUUCAGGAUCAAGAGGUUCCUGGCCAAGAAACAAAAGCAGAAUCGGCCCAUUCCCCAAUGGAUUCGGAUGAAAACUGGUAAUAAAAUCAGGUACAACUCGAAGAGGAGACAUUGGAGAAGAACCAAACUGGGCCUAUGAGAAAUCACACAUGAGAGAUGACUCACAUAUUUAUGCUGUAUCCAGGUUGCCUACACCCUCAAAUGAUUGAAAAGAUGCUACUGCCUGGACAGUUGGGGCAUUUUAAUUGGAAGACUAAUGAACUUGUGACUUUGCUCUGUUGAUUUUUUCCUCCUGAAAUAGAAGGUUGAUUCAGUAAUAAAUGUGAGCUCUUUUAAACUGC